UGCAGCGUUGCAUAACUAGCAGAGCAGGGGGCAGCGCAGAAGAAUGGGAGGCACCGCAUGAUCGCGAGCUUCGUCGGCAUGUCUAGGUACGGCGGCGGCGGCAUGCCGUGGAGUACGUGCGACGUUUGCAGGUCGGCGCCGAGUUUGGUGUACUGCCGCGCGGACGCGGCGUUCAUCUGCGGCGGGUGCGACGCGCGCGUGCACACCGCGAAUCGCCUGGCGUCGCGGCACGAGCGCGUGUGGGUCUGCGAGUUGUGCGAGCGCGCUCCCGCCGCGUUCGCCUGCUGCGCGGACUCCGCAGUCCUCUGCACCGCCUGCGACGCCGAAGUCCACUCCGCCAACGCGCUCUCUCACCGCCACUACCGCGUCCCCAUCUCCCCUCUCCCCUUCCUCGCAGAAGAAGAGGAGCGCCACCACUACGGCGACAGCGAAUCAGAGUCGUGGCUGUUGAUCGAUAGACGGAACAACCUAUUUAAUCAAGAUCGAGUGGCUGAAUACAUGGACCCUGACGGGUAUAACAACGUUUGUAACGAGAUUCAGAACCAAAAACAGCAGAACAAAGUGUCAAAUUGCGCAGCAGCAGGAUUAGGCCACAGAAAUUCCCUCAGCCACAGCGUGUCCUUCACAUCCAUGGAUGUGAGUCUUGUGCCAGACAAGAUAUCCAAUUCUCAUCGCUCGGUGAAGGGAUCGAUGGAUCUGUUCUCGUGCCCUCCUCCACUUCCAGUGGCAUCGCAAUUUCCCAUGGACAGGGAGGGCAAGGUGCUGAAAUAUGUGAGUCUUGUGCCAGACACCACCAUGGCCGAGAUAUCCAAUUCUCAUCACUCGGCGAAGGGAUCAAUGGAGCUGUUCUCGUGCCCUCCUCCACUUCCAGAGGCAUCGCAAUUUCCCAUAGACAGGGAGGCCAAAUUGCUGAAAUAUAGGGAGAAGAGGAAGAGCCGAAAAUUCGAGAAGACGAUAAGGUAUGCGUCGAGGAAGGCGUGCGCGGAGACAAGACAGAGAAACAAGGGGCGGUUCAUGAAGCGAUCGGAUGCGGAGACUGCAAUGGAGGAUCAGCUGUUGAUGUCUACUUUGGCGUCGUCGGAAAGCAGCUACGGUCUUGUGCCUUCAUUCUAGAGCUGGUGCGUCAGAAAUAGCGCAUGUGGGUGUCUGCAUAAAGCUCAAAAUAUUGGCUUUGCUAUAUCUAGAUAAAUAUUGGAUUGAUAUUCCUGACGUGGCCGUCGGGAUUUGGUGCCGUGACAAGGGAUAUAUCGGAUGUAUUUCUUAAGCCGUCAGAUUCAAUUCUUGCUCAGGACACAUCCACUGUUUUUUCCUGAAUUUAUUUAGGGGACGGAAUCACCCUCUAUUUCAAAAUUAAUUGUGUCAUAAAAUUUGAAUAUAUAUAUAUAUAUAAUA